AUGAAGUACUCUUCGACUGUCACGGCAAGCCGCCGCAAGAACCGCAAGGCCCAUUUCGGAGCUCACUCGGAAGCCCGUCGAAAGAUGAUGGCCGCCAACUUGUCGAAGGAAUUGCAGGCGAGACACAAUGUCCGAUCCAUGCCCAUUCGUCAAGACGAUGAAGUCUUGGUCACACGAGGCAUGUACAAGACCCGAGAAGGCAAAGUUACGGCUGUGUAUCGUAAAAAAUGGGUCGUUCAUGUCGAACGUCUCGCGCGUGAAAAAGUUCAUGGCACGUCCGUUCCAGUAGGAAUCCCACCUUCGUCGCUUGUCAUUACCAAACUCAAAAUGGACAAGGAUCGCAAACGUCUCCUCGAAGCCAAAGCCAACAAUAACAACAAGGAUGGAAAGAAAAAGGAAGAUGUUACCAUGAGUAAUGUCGAUUAA